AUGCUGGCCAGGAUGGCCUACUCUCGCAAGUUGGCUUCUGCAUCGGCUCCAGACCCACUUGGUCCAGCGGCCCCAUGGAAUGCUUCCUCAGCCUGUAAUCCAGUUCCAUGGGCUCCUCACCCGAUCCGAGACAAUUUGGUGGACAUGGGUGCUGUUCCCCCGAUGGCUCGGGCUGAGGUUCUCCUCAAGAUGGAGGAAUUUUUUUUUCUAGACGGAGUGCGAGAUUCUCUUGCUCCAGCAGCUCCAUGGAAUGCUCCAUCAGCCUGUUAUCCAGCUCCACGGGCUCCUCACCCGAUCAUAGACAAUUUGGAGUGCUGA